UUUGCACCAACCUUCACAAAUCACAAAUCACAAGUACUGUGGAAUAUUGUGGAAUUCAUAGCUUACCUUUAAUUGCUUCAACAGCUUACAGCUUCGUUAAUUCGUCCUUGGUAUUGUGAUGGGCAUGAGCAUCAAUUCGUCGCGAGAUCAGCUAGACCGCGAAGACAGUUUCUCCUUCACCUGCUAUGAUUUCAACUCUGCUCCGGCAGUUUUCUCCGAGGAUGACGACUUUGCAAGUGCCGAUGAUGAUGAUGAUGAUGAUGAAGAAUCAUACAUCGAAAUAGCGCUGGGUAAUGACGAUGAUGGGGAGUCUGAGGAAUUCGAGUUACGUAUUUCACUUUCGACGACAGCUGAUCACACCAAAAUCCCAGACAACCCUGGCUUUGAGACUGACACAAUACCUGAGACGACCCCCCCAUCAUUAUCAUCAUCAUCCCCGUCAACCUUCACAUUCAGCUGUUCUUCUACAGGAGCCUGUAGUUUGGCCGGGGUGCCAUCGGAGAUGGGCGAGGAAAGUUUUCAUCCCAAUCAAAACCGGGAAAAAUUGAUAGACAUCAAUCCCUGGGAGCUUGUAAGGAGCAGGAAGAAAGCAUCAAAGAACACAACGGCAAUACUGAAUGGUGCCGGUGGCAUCACCAGGUUCUUCAUAAAGUUUCGAGCCAUAAAUGUCCGAAACCUGGUAGCAUCAUUUGUGAAACCCCUUCAAGUUAUCUCUUCUCAGGGAAAAAGCGAGCACAAGAAGAAACGAUCUAAAGAGAUUAUUCAGUAUUAUCAGAGACUGAUUAAGCCUUUCGACAAAUGGACAGUACAAAGGAAUCAUCAGGGAAACGACUGCAACAACAACAACAAAAAGGACAUCAAAAGUACUUCUUUCGGAGGUGGUGAGAAAUAUUAUUCCAGAGUGCUAGAGAUAAAUUUGGAUCCGAUAAGAGGUGUUCUUGAAGCUGUGAGCAUGGGAAUUGGUCGCAAAGACAGACAGACGAGAAGCUGCCCAACUUCUAUCAAGUCCUCGCCACUUCACAGAGCUACUUUUCCAAGCGAGAGCAUAGUUCACACAACAGAUAACUCCAUCGAGGCCGCCAUUGCCCACUGUAAAACUUCAUUUGCCCAAGCCUCCCAUUUUUGACUUGCAACAUGGUUGGAGAUCAUGAUGUCUGUAGGGAUUGAUCAGUUUCUCCAUGUUUUGUAUUCAUCAUGCAUGUCGAUCUCUUGACUCUCUUGAAUAUAUAUUACAAUUUCGAGGUGUUCUUGAUUUUCA